GGGGCCCGGCCCCGCCUGGCCCCCGGCCCCGCAUGUGCCACCCAGCCUGUGCCCCCUGCCCUGCCCUGCGGCGGCCAAGUCAUCCCUGGCGGUGGGGAGGCAGAUUCAGGGCGGAUUUUAAUUCUUGAGAGGAGAAGUGGGGGAAGCAGAGCAAGAGGGUGGCGGGGUGCCGACCCAACCGGGGCCACCCCCGGUGCCCUGCGGGUCUGGUGGCAGGGUGCCAAUGUGCACGUCCCACCUGGGCUCGAUGCCCAGCCAGGAUGACCUGUGGAUGCAGGGGACUCCCCGGACCAAGCGUCACAUGGAGGGCUUGGCCAUCUUGUGCUGGCAGGGAGAAUCAUAGAACCAUUAAGGUUGGAAAAGAUCUCUAGGAUCAUCAAGUCCAUCCGUUAACCCAACGCUACCAUGCCCUGAAGUGCUGCGUCUACACAUCUUUUAAACACCCGCAGGGAUGGCGACUCCACCACCUCUCUGGGCAGCCUGUGCCAAUGCCUGACCACUCUUUCACGGGGAGUGGGCACGGCGCAGAGGUUGGGGACCUUCGCCCUUUGCAUGGGGGCACGCGGUGCCCACCAGCAGCACCGCCGGAGGGCGGCAGCAUCACCGAGAGGUGGCAGGGUGCAGGCGGGCAUCCCCACCCCGGGGGCCCCGGGCAGGGCAGCAGCUUCGUGGAGGGUUUCCUUCCUCCUGCCCCCAGGCUGCGCACCCGCCAGCCGCCCCGAGCUGCGCCGCUGCAAGCGCCUCUCAUGUGACCGCCGGCUUCCUGUGCGCUUCCCGGCCUCGGUGCCGGUGCUGCGGUACGUGCCGCGCCAGGCGCUGCCCGAACACUGGACCCUUGCUGCCGGGCCCCAGCACCAUGCUGCGCCGCAAGUCCUCCAAUGCCGGCGAGAAGGAGCCGGGACACAAAAAGCUCUCCCUCCAGCGCUCCAGCAGCUUCAAGGACUUCGCCAAGUCUAAAGUCAGCUCUCCUGUGCCAAGCGAGAAGGAGUUCAGCCUGGAGGAGAACAUCCCCGAGGAUGAAUCCAUCAGCGCCAGCCCUGACGAUGCUGCACGGGGCAGCGGCAUGAAGCUGGGCAAGAAGUGGAGGGCCGUCAUCUCCCGCACCAUGAACCGCAAGAUGGGCAGGAUGGCCGUGAAAGCCCUGGCCGAGGGGAAGGGAGAGGUGGAGGAAGAGGGGUCCCUGUGCCCACAGCCCCCAGCCGGCAGCACGGAGGAGCCCAGCCAUGAAAAGGUGCCCAUGUCUUACAUGGAGAUGGAGGAAGAUGGGCACCCAUCCAUCAGCCGCCAGCCAUCCAGCGGCAGCGAAGUUUCCAGCCCUGGCCCCUGCAGCAGCAACCGGGACAGCCUGCGGCUGGAGGAGAGCGGUCCAGCCUACACCGGCCCCUUCUGCGGCCGGGCUCGCGUCCACACCGACUUUACACCCAGCCCGUACGACAAGGACUCGCUGAAGCUGCAGAAAGGGGACAUCAUUGGCAUCAUCGAGAAGCCACCUGUGGGCACCUGGACCGGGCUGCUCAACAACAGGGUGGGCUCCUUCAAGUUCAUCUACGUGGACAUCAUCCCCGAGGAGACGGCCCCUGCCCGCAAGAGCCGGGGCUCCAGCAAGAGCAAGCGGCUCAAGCCCAAGACCCUCCAUGAGCUGCUGGAGCGCAUCAACCUGCAGGAGCACACCUCCACCCUGCUGCUGAACGGCUACCAGACCCUGGAGGACUUCAAGGAGCUGCGGGAGACCCACCUCAACGAGCUGAACAUCACAGACCCCCAGCAUCGCGCCAAGCUCCUCACGGCCGCCGAGCUCCUCCUGGAUUAUGACACAGCGAGUGAGCCGGAGGAAGGCGACAGCUCCGAAGCCCAGCCUUCACCCUCGGAGCCCAUGGGGGACAUUCCCCGGGACUCGGGCUGCUUCGAGGGAUCAGAGACCCUAGACAGCAACCGGGACGAGGCCGAGCUGGGGGAUCCCGAGGGGCAGCUGCGGGCUCUCUCCCUGGCAGAGUCCUCCUGAGCCUGCCCUGCCUGCUAGCACUGCCCCGCCGACGGGCGCAGCCCACCGCCGCUUCCCACCCUGGCCUGGCAGCGGGUCCGGACUGGAGGGGAUGGCUGCUCACGGGGGAAGCAGGUGAGCCCCAGCUGCGGGAGCCCAUGGACCUGGCGCGGGCCCCCUGCGCUGCAGGCGGGCACUGCGUGGCUGCAGGCAGCUCAGCCCUCGGACCCCCGAGGCUGCCCCGUUUGCCACCCCCACGACAUUUUGCACUGCGCUGCCUCGCACUGCUGCCCCGGCACGGGUGCUCACGGCACCCUGGGGCACCGCGCUCCCCGUCGAGGUGCCGCGGGCCCCGAUUGCCUCUCCUGGGCUUGCCCCACUUUAUCCCCAGCUUUAAGAGCUCCUCCUGGAGCCCUCGUCUGCUGGGCUGAGCAUGCAGGAGCCUGCAAGGACAGGGAGGACUUCAGCAGGCAGGGUUGGAGCAAAGCCAGUGCUGAGCUGCUGUGUGUGAGAGCAGAGGUCCCACCAAGCCCAGCUCCUCGCCGGCAGGGAGGACACUCACACUGCCUUCCUCCAGCAUCUUCCUCGCAGAGCCAGGGCGGGCAGAGAAAGGUUUGCUAGAAAGUCUGGGAUUGUGGGGGCAGAGGUUCAGGCGAGCUGAGAGCAGCCCAGCAAGGGCACCGCGAGCCCCCGCCCUCGGCUCAAGGGGAGCCCCAAAGGCUGCCUGCAGCUUCCCACCAAACCUGGUCCAGCUACGAGAAGGAGCUGGAGCCAGGCACCCUGCUGCCCUGCAGGCAGGUGGGCUCGGCUGUGACCCGGCAGGACAGCAGGACAGCCCCUUCCAGACCCCCGCCGCCAAGCACUGGCCACCCCAAGGACCUGCUUGGCAAGGGGCAGGGGAGCUGCAGCCCAGCCAGGGCCCUGCAGAGCCUCCCUGCAUGGGCAGGAGCAGACACAGGGGCAGGCAAGGGGAGGCAUCCACAUGGGAUAUGGGGCAGGCUGGUGCCUGGCUCAGGGUACCUACCCCAGCCCCCUUCAGCCCAGCUCCCACUGCGGCACGCGACCGUCUCCAGCCCCUGCGCUGCAGUAUCGGCCUCUGGUUACCCAGUUUCCUCCUUUGCGCUCAAUCCCAAUAAAAAUAUUCAAGUCUGUCUCA